CAAAUAUAACUAUUUGAUACGCGUAUCAAGAGAUCGGUGUAAACUAUGGUAUUUCGUGGCAAAUUUUGCUAACAAUUAUCUAUUUCAAGAUGUUCCGGAAACUGUUGAGAGGAUUGAAUCACUGGAUUACUGCAUUUAAAACUGCAUUGUGAACUGUAUUUAAAGAAAUACAUGAGACAUGAAAAAUACAUGAUGUAUUUUCCAGCACAGUUUGGCAUAGCAGUCAUCAACACAUUUAUGUGAUAAAUGCUGUGUUAUUCACAUAUGAAGGAAACUAUUUUUAUUUAAGUUCCAUUUCACGGCUGAUAUAUGGGAAAAGAUAUUAUAUAUAUGCAGAAUCCGGCGCCGCGGUCAAAGCGCGUCAUUAGCAAGCCAAUACGGUAUCAAACAACGUCUUCGGAUGAAAGUCUUAUGAAAAGGAGGAGCACAGCAGCAGCAGCUACUAUCGUACCAAGAACGAUCGACGACGACUUCGAGGACAUCAACAGGAUACUGGAGCGCAAGAGCCCUAUGCCUACUGAUAUUAAUAGACUGAUAGACAUGAUACAGCCAUAUACACAACAUACACCUCAGUACACGCACACAAACACACAACCGCACACAAAUAUUUUAUCAUACACAGGGUGCGUUUCACAAAUACAGACAUACGGAAAUACCCCUGGUAACCAUAUCCGAUAGAAAACGAUUAAAAACGGCUAUAUCUGUAUCGUUUUUAAUCGUAUCUUAUCGGUUCUAUCGUUGCAUAUUUAAAAGACAGAUAAAACAUUAAUCGAAUCGAAUCGGUUUCUAUCGUUUUAGGUCCGAAUAAGAAAAUAACUAUACAAAUUUUAUAGUUAUGAAUCGUUUUCUAUAUGUACAAUUAUUGCCCGUCUGAAUCAAUCGUAUAUACACGAUAUAAUAUGUAUCGUUAUUUAUGGUAAUAAUUUUACCGUAUGCAUUAAUACGGAUAUAUAAAAUUAAAAUGAUAGACAUCUUAUCGAUAUUUAUAUGACUUAACCGAACCGAUACAUCUAUCGUUUCUUAUCAGGAUUUUCUGACAUACAACUUAUCAUCUUCUUUAUGGCAGCAAAUCGGUUCGUUUUCUAUCGUAUAUUAAUGAUAUAUAAAUUGAAUCGUUUGAAAACCUUCUACUUUGUAUAUGUUUGUAUAAAGUUAAAACGAUAGACAUCUCGUCGAUAUUUAUACGAUUUAACCGAACCGAUACAUCUAUCGUUUCUUAUCAGGAUUUUCCGACAUACAACUUAUCAUCUUCUGUACGGCAGCAAAUCGGUUCGUUUUCUAUCGUAUAUUAAUGAUAUAAAUUGAAUCGUUUGAAAACCUUCUACUUUGCAUAUGUUUUUAUAAGGUUAAUACGAUAGACAUCUCGUCGAUAUUUAUACGACUUAACCGAACCGACACAUCUAUCGUUUCUUAUCAGGAUUUUCCGACUGACAAUCAUCUUCUGUACGGCAGCUAAUCGUUAUCUAUCGUAUAUCAACGAUAUUAACCGAAUUGUUUAGAAGCAGCAGACGGAAAAAAUUUCUAUGAAAAUCAUAUUUUGUGAAUACCCAGACAGCACCAAGUCCAAAAUCGGGACAUAAC